AAAAAGAAGCCUAUCUUUUUGUUUGAGAUGUGUGAUUGAAGUGAAGAGUUGAUCCUCAGAGAAGUGGAGAGCGCAUGGUGUGCGCUUGAUGUGACCCGCUUUUGGAUGCGGUUAUUAGAUGAAGGAGGGGGCAUCCGCGCUCGCUUUAGGUGUGAAGAAAAGAAACUGGUCGCUCAGUGGAAAGUGAACUGCACUUUGGAAUGACACUGAAUGCUUCAGAGCGGAAGGGGAAAUGGCUUUCUCUCGGAUUUCAGGAUAUCUGAUGAUCACUGAUACAGUCCACACGGACGCGCAGUUUUCCCAGGUCGCUUCUUCACUCCAUCAGUCUCUGCUACAGAAAUGAUUCAGCGACUAACCCAUUUUGGACCAUGUGGAGUAUGAUGAGAAUGAAUUGCGUUUUAUUUCUGUCUCUUCUUUUGCUUUGUGCGACGGCCAGUAAUAUAUAUGAGAGGUCGCUGGUUCCCAGGGCUGCGACCCGCUCAGUGGCUAGAAUGGAUGGCGAUAUCAUCAUUGGUGCCCUGUUUUCUGUCCAUCACCAGCCAUCGGCUGAGAACGUGGCUGAGAGAACAUGUGGUGAGAUCAGAGAGCAGUAUGGCAUUCAGCGAGUGGAAGCCAUGUUUCAUACUCUGGACAGAAUUAAUGCUGACCCAAACCUUCUGCCCAACAUUACUUUGGGCUGCGAGAUCAGGGACUCAUGCUGGCACUCGUCAGUGGCAUUGGAGCAGAGCAUUGAGUUUAUAAGAGACUCCCUUAUUUCACUGCGUGAGGAUGGGGAUGGGUCAAAGUGGUGCAUUGAUGGGACUCCGUCCAGUCAGCCACUUGCCACUAAGAAGCCCAUUGCAGGUGUGAUUGGACCUGGAUCAAGCUCAGUGGCCAUUCAAGUUCAAAACCUGCUGCAGCUGUUCAACAUCCCCCAAAUUGCCUACUCAGCCACUAGCAUUGAUCUGAGUGAUAAAACCCUCUAUAAGUACUUCCUCAGGGUUGUGCCCUCUGACACUCUUCAAGCCAGGGCCCUUUUGGACAUUGUUAAACGGUAUAACUGGACGUACGUGUCAGCUGUUCACACUGAAGGAAACUAUGGUGAGAGUGGUAUGGAGGCCUUUAAGGAGCUGGCAUCUCAGGAGGGUUUGUGUAUUGCCCACUCUGACAAGAUCUACAGCAAUGCUGGUGAGAAACACUUUGACAGGCUACUGAGGAAGCUGAGGGAGCGGCUGCCCAAAGCCCGAGUGGUGGUGUGUUUCUGUGAGGGGAUGACAGUGCGUGGCCUCCUUAUGGCCAUGAGGCGCUUAGGGGUGGCUGGAGAAUUCCUCCUUAUUGGAAGUGAUGGCUGGGCAGACAGAGAUGAGGUGGUGGAGGGCUAUGAGCAGGAAGCUGUGGGUGGCAUCACCAUGAAGCUCCAGACCGAGGAGGUCACAUCCUUUGAUAAUUAUUACUUGAAGCUGCGCCUGAAUACGAACACCAGGAACCCAUGGUUUGCUGAGUUCUGGCAACACCGCUUCCAAUGUCGCAUCCCAGGGCACCCACAGGAGAACAAGAACUACAUGAAGAACUGCUCAGGUUACGAGAGUCUAGAGGAGAACUAUGUACAAGACAGUAAGAUGGGAUUCGUCAUCAAUGCCAUCUAUGCCAUGGCUCAUGGCCUCCAUGACAUGCAUGAGCACAUGUGUCCUGGCUACGUGGGUCUUUGUGAGGCCAUGGAUCCCAUUGAUGGCAGCAAACUGCUGGAGUUUCUGCUCAAGACCUCCUUCACUGGAGUGUCUGGUGAGGACGUGUGGUUUGAUGAAAAUGGGGAUUCACCAGGCAGGUAUGAUAUAAUGAAUCUGCAGUAUGUGGAGCCUGGUGUGUAUGACUACAUCAAUGUGGGAUCAUGGCAUGAGGGCAUCCUGAGCAUUGAUGAUUAUAUGAUCCAGAUGAACCGGAGUGAGAUGGUCCGCUCAGUCUGCAGUGAGCCCUGCUCUAAAGGGGAGAUCAAGGUCAUUCGGAAGGGGGAGGUGAGCUGCUGCUGGAUCUGCACUGCCUGUAAAGAUAAUGAAUACGUCCAGGAUGAGUUCACCUGCAAGGCGUGUGAGCUGGGCUGGUGGCCUGAUAAAGAGCUGCAAGGCUGUGAGCCACUUCCCCUGCAUUAUUUGAAGUGGAGUCAUCCUGAAUCCAUCGUUGCAGUGGUCUUCUCUUGUCUGGGCAUCCUAGUGACCAGUUUCGUCACUUUUGUCUUCAUUCUGUACAGAGACACACCUGUGGUCAAAUCCUCAAGCCGAGAGCUCUGCUAUAUCAUCCUAGCUGGCAUCUUCCUGGGUUAUAUCUGCCCCUUUACGCUCAUAGCCAAGCCCACAGUGGCCUCCUGCUAUCUACAACGCCUCUUGGUGGGCCUCUCAGCCUCCAUGUGCUAUUCAGCUCUGGUCACUAAGACCAACCGCAUCGCCCGCAUCCUGGCUGGCAGCAAGAAGAAAAUCUGCACACGCAAACCGCGCUUCAUGAGUGCCUGGGCUCAGGUGGUCAUUGCAUUCGUCCUGAUCAGUUUACAGCUCAUGCUGGAGGUCACGCUGAUCAUUCUGGAGCCCCCAUCACCAAUCAAGUCCUAUCCGAGCAUCAGGGAGGUCUAUCUCAUCUGUAACACCAGCAACAUGGGCAUGGUCGCGCCGCUUGGCUACAAUGGGCUUCUUAUUCUCAGCUGCACCUACUAUGCUUUCAAAACCCGCAAUGUGCCGGCCAACUUCAAUGAGGCCAAGUACAUCGCCUUCACCAUGUACACCACGUGCAUCAUCUGGCUCGCUUUUGUGCCCAUCUACUUUGGCUCCAACUACAAAAUCAUCACUACAUCAUUCUCUGUAAGCCUAAGUGUGACUGUGGCCCUGGGCUGCAUGUUCACCCCAAAGAUGUACAUCAUCAUUGCUAAACCAGAGAGAAAUGUGCGCAGCGCCUUCACCACCUCAGAUGUGGUGCGCAUGCAUGUAGGUGAUGGCAAAAUCGCCUGCAGGAGCAACAGCCUUCUCAACAUGCUAAAACGCAAAAAGGACGCCUCUGGAAAUGCAAAUUCUAAUGGCAAGUCUGUGUCAUGGUCUGAACCAGGUUCAAGACAGCCUCCGAAAGGAGAACACAUGUGGCACAGACUGUCUGUGCAUGUGAAGAGGCAGGAGGCCGGAUCCAAUCAGACAGCUGUCAUCAAACCUCUAACUAAUACCUACCAUGACACAGGCCUGGAAUUCACAGACCUGAGCACCAAGACUCUGUACAAUGUAGCCGAGGAGGACGAGGGUGAGCCAGUCAGAUAUAAUCCUCCGGUCAGCCCUCUUCUGACUGCUCACAGGUAUUCACCUGGCAGCGAGCCUGUGAAGGAAAUGAGCACAAACCAGGAAUUUUAUACUCCGGAGCAACACUUGCCACAGAAAAGCGUCCUCCCCCAGCAGGUUAUUGCAGACCACUUUCAGAACGUUCCGGCUAAGUUGAAUUCCAGCAUGUCUGAUCUGGAUGAUAUUAUUAGUUUACCUGAACCAGAAAGUGGAGUGAUGCCACCAUAUCGACCCCUCAUUCUGCAGACACAGCAGGUUUCACCCAUGCAGCUGAGUCCUUACUCAAAGAAACCAGACACUCUUUUGGAGGAGGAGGAAUUGGAGAACGAGCAGUUUGGUCUCCUUCAUGGCUACAUGUACAACAAUGCACAAAUCCAUGAUGAUGAGGAGCUGGUGCAGAUUAAACUAGCAGUGGAGGACUCGCUGGCUCUAAUGCCACCCUCUCCUUUCCGGGACUUGGUGGGUUCAGGCAACCCCAUUCCCAACUCCCCGGUGUCUGAGUCCAUCUUAUGCACCCCACCAAAUGUGACGUAUGCGUCUGUCAUCCUCAGAGACUACAAACAAAGCUCCUCUACCCUGUGAAUGAAGGAAAAACUUGAAACAUUACAUACUUGUAAAUUAUCUGUUUUCUCAGCAUUUGAGAAACUGACACAGGCUGCCAGUAAAUACAUUAUCACUUCAUUAGGCUAACACAUUUUCCACUAUUUGCCCAUGUUUAAUUUUAACCAAUUAUUAAAAGGACUCUCAUGAAUAUAUACCAGUGUAGCAGUAAAUAAUGAUUUAAGCAUUACUCAUGAAAUGGCAAAAUACUAGAAUGUAGAAGAUGAGAAUGAAAUAAUAAACUUUUCUAAGUUGAGAUGUAAAACUAUGCCAUAUCAUAUUUUUAAGACAGCAUACGCUUUCUUGAAUAUUUUAGAAUAAACAUACAUAGUAAUCUAGUUAUAAAUAGACAUAUACAUAUUUAAAUAUAUAAGAUGCCUGUUAAAAUGUAGCAAAAAUGGAUCAUGUUUAACUGCCAAUGUCAAAGUCAAUGUGAAGUCGUCAAGGUAUGUCAAGGUAUUUUUAUAGUUGUAUUUUUAAUGUACACUUUUAUGUGGGAGCUGUGUGUUUACAGUAACUGUACAUAUUAAGUUAGAUGUUAUUUAUUAAAUUAUUUUUCACGAAUAAUUGUAGAACAAAUCCAUAUGUGAUACUUUAGAUCAAAAACUUGACUUAAAUGGUCAUAACCUCGCUAUAGACAGAAAUCCUGUCAAUUUCAAACAUUGUAUUUUGAAGUCUGACUUCCAUAUUUGCAAGUUUAUUGCUUCCGAAUAGAGCUUUUUUCUUAUAAGUUGCUGUGCAAUUCUGUUCAGCAUCUCUUUUUUAUUUAAUACAUCAUGUGCUUUACAUACAGUCACUAUAUUAUACAGUACAUAAAAUAAGCACUUCUGCUCAGCAGAGCCACCGACGGCAUUUUCUCCAGAAUGUAGCUUUAAUCAAAUCUGUAUAGAUGUUCAGCAUUAGCUGCAUGUCUGGUGUUUCAUAGAGUAUAGAAUAUAUAUGUAUAUAUAUACGUUUUGACCAUUUAAGUCAUAUGAGUACUGAUUAACAUUGUUUUAAAAUGUUACAUAAAUGAAUAAUACUGUCUAGUAUUUGGGUAAAUGUUCGAUAAGUAUUUAAGAUUAUUAUUAGUGUAUAAUAGGAAGUUAUUCUCUGAAUCAGUGCAAUAUUGUUCACUCUCAGCCUGCCACACUUAAAUUCACAUGUAAAGCCAAUCAUGCUAACUCCUGCCAGUAAAAGAGACAACCUCAUAGUCAUGUCAGAACCCACACCCUCCAUCCACACCUCCCUUUAUAGACACAGACACACAGUACGAUGGUAUCAGGAAGUAGCACAGUGGUCCAGGAAGUGCUGGUGUUUCAUAUCUGUAGCAAACUCAGUAGUACAAUUUUGCUAAAUUCGACCUUUUCUUGUCUCUGGGGUUGUACACUCAUGGGAAUGUUUUGUACCUUAAUAUGCAUGUUUCACCUGGAAACGUGGAUGUAGUGCAUCUAUAAAAAUGCUUUAAGGUACAUAAAUGGACCGUGAUUAGCUUUAAGGGUAAAGCUUUAUAGGGACACUACAUGCAGUUAAAAGAUACAUACUAAAGAUAAGCUGUACCCUUGAGGCUACCACCCAAGCGACCAGGAAAAGUAGAGUUAAUAUUCUUUUUUUUUCCUAUAUCUAAGUGAAUGGACAAAAGCAGCAAAGCAAAGCAUCAAUUUUCAUCAAUUUUCAAGCCCUGCAAAUCUCUCAGGUUUCUCUAGCCCCGGAAAGCAACAAGGCAAUUUACUCCUAUUUCCUGUUGCUUGGUCCUAUUGCUAACUGCUUGCUUCCUUUUCUGCUGCACUCAUAAUUUUUGGCAGCAUUUUGGUUGAACUUCAUUCUUUUCGGCCUAGACAUUCAUGCUGGACAGAGACUUCUUUUUCAGUGCAUCUAUUUUAGUGAUAGAGAUCAAUAUGUAAAGGCGGUUCUUGUUUAAAAAUUGAUUACAGCAUCUUUAAAAUAUAAAAAAAGAACAGUAUUGAAAGACAUACUGACUAUGAAGAUGGAUUUAAGGGUUAGCAUGGUACUGUUUAAGGUAAUGAUCUUAAGUCAGGUCUAUUAAACGUUUACCUCAAAGUUAGCUCACUAACCCAUAAAUCCAGCUUUGUAGUAGAGGUUAUCUGUCUUCCUGUUACACUGUAUGUAUUAAGCUUAUAUAUUUCUUCACAUAGCUAACAUAAGGACUGUAUAUUUGAGAUUUGUUUAGUUGAAACCAUGUAAGAACAUGUUUUAUUAGUUAUAAUACAUUAAAUACUAUAUGUUUUUGUAAACAAGUUUUCAGGGUUGCUGUUG